AUGGACUACGAGAUCCCUGCUGCCACGGAGAGCGAUGCCGGGGAGUAUCACUGUGCUGCCUCCAACGGCAACGACCCAGUCCUGAGCCCAUGGGUGACGGUCAUAGUGUGGGGUCUUGGUCUGCAGGACAUUGAGCCCGGAGGACUGGAUGUGGGGGCGCAAGGAGAGUCCCCCAGUGCCACGGAGUCAGGGUUGGAUGGUUGUGAUCUUGCACCCGCCUGCUGUGGGGAUCUCGCUGCUGCUCUCAGCACCAGCCCCAGCCUGACGGAGCUGGACCUGGGUCAUAACCGUGAUCUGGGGGCUGGCGGCGUGCGGCUGCUGUGCGAGGGACUGAGACAUCCCAGCUGCAAGUUGCAGACGCUGCGGGAAGGAGCACGGCGCCUCCUGCGGGCACUCGCUAGGGUCUCUCUGGGAACGUUCAACACGGCGAGCACCAGCCCCAGCCUGACGGAGCUGCACCUGGGUGGUAACCAUGAUCUGGGUGCUGGCAGCGUGCGGCUGCUGUGCGAGGGACUGAGACAUCCCAGCUGCAAGUUGCAGACGCUGCGGUUGUGGCAUUGGCGUCUUACACCCGCCUGCUGUGGGGAUCUCGCCGCUGCUCUCAGCACCAGCCCCAGCCUGACGGAGCUGGACCUGAGUGAAAACUCUGGUCUGGGGGCUGGUGGCGUGCAGCUGCUGUGCGAGGGACUGAGACAUCCCAGCUGCAAGUUGCAGACACUGCGGUUGCAGCGUUGCUAUCUGACUGCUGCCUGCUGUGGGGAUCUCGCCGCUGCUCUCAGCACCAGCCCCAGCCUGACGGAGCUGGACCUACGUGGUAACCGUGGUCUGGGGGCUGGCGGCGUGCGGCUGCUGUGCGAGGGACUGAGACAUCCCAGCUGCAAGUUGCAGACGCUGCGAUUAAGCCUCUGUGAACUGAAUGCAGAAACAAAGCAAGAGCUGGAGGACGUGAAAGGAAUGAAGCCUGGUUUGGUCAUAGAGGUAUUGGAGGUGGACGAGGAGGAAGAUGCUCUUUCAGCUCCUUGGUCUGUCUGGUCAGAUCUGGCAGUGAAAGCACAGCGGUGCCUCCUGCAGUAACACCAGGAAUCGGCUUCUCUGUGCUGUGGGGUGGAGCAGACGUGAAAGCAAGGCUGCAAACUCAAUGGGUGCAGGCUCCACUUCCCUUCAGCCGGCAGGAUCGUUUCAUCCGUUCUCACCCUCAGCCUCUCCUCUUCCUGCCUGCCAGGGCUGGGGGUCAGGCCCAGCGGAGGCUGUGAGCAGCUGUGGGGAUGGGCCCUGCAAGUACCCAGCGCACAGGGACCUGGACAGAGCAGCACGGACCGAGGCAGGCGCUGGGCCU